CAGCUGCUCCACUUCCGAAUGUUUGCAACACCUCCAUCAGACCAGCGCCUCCUCCUGCUCCUCCUGCAGCUCGUGAGGAGACACCGGACCGAUGACGGAGAACGAGCGAGCCGCCAGAACCCUCAAACACGUCCUGCAGAAACCGGGGAACGGCAGCUGCGCGGACUGCGGCGCCGACAAUCCGGAAUGUGGCUCCUGUUCUCUAGGCGUGUUCAUCUGUCUGGGCUGCUCCGGAGUCCAUCGCAGUAUUCCCGAUCUCGGAAAAGUCAAAUCGCUCCGACUCUCACACUGGGAGGAUUCAGAAGUUCAGUUCAUGUCUGAGCGAGGAAAUGAUGCCAUGAACGCCGUCUAUGAGGCUGCACUUCCUGUUUACUACUACAAACCCACACACAGAGACUGCCAAAUCACAGAGUCGAGAGACGGCAUGCUAAUGAAGAGGGGGCGGGACAAUGGACAGUUCCUCAACAGACGAUUCAUCCUGUCGCUGAGGGACGGCACACUAAAGUACUACACUAAACUCGAUGCUAAGGUACCCAAAGCUGUUAUAAAGGUGGACACCAUCAACGCCUGCUUCCAGCCGGAUAAGAUCGGAAACCCCAACGGCCUGCAGAUCACCUACCUGAGAGACAACAUCACACGAAACAUCUUCAUCUACCACGACAGCAGCAGAGAGAUCGUGGAGUGGUUUAACUGCAUCCGAGCGGCGCAGCUGCACUAUCUGAAGGUGGCCUUCCCUGGAGCCACGGACGCUGAGCUGAAGCCCAAACUCCCACGCAGCUUUCUGAAAGAGGGAUACAUGGAGAAAACCGGCCCGCGGCAAACAGAAGGCUUUAAGAAGCGCUGGUUCACGCUGGAUCACCGGCGGCUCAUGUACUUCAGAGAUCCUCUGGAUGCGUUUGCUAAAGGCGAGGUGUUCCUGGGGCACAGAGAUCACGGAUACCACGUUACGAUCGGACUCCCCGCCGGAACCCACUACAGCGGGACGUGGCAGUACGGCAUCACCAUAGAAACGCCCGACCGCAGCUUCCUGUUCACCUGCGAAACAGAUACGGAGCAGAAGGAUUGGAUGAGCCAUUUUAAUGCCGUCAUGAACACUCGCAUGAGCCCACAGGAGUACACAGGUUUUCUGUCAUAUGAUGGUUUGUGUGCCGAACAGGCUGAAAUAUAA